AUGUUCCCGGCGGGCAAGGGCACGUUCCGCGACCGGUCGGACCGGGCUGGCGGGGCACGUCCUUUAACCCAACGUUGGGCCGAAUACAAGCAGUUUGUGCGGGAGCACUUCAGCACGAUUUGGGCCAAGCACAGCGAGUCCUACGAGGCACAUGUGUCGGACUUCGAAGACGCCGACCUGCGAGCCCCGGAGUUCAACAAAGUAUGCAGAGAGCUUCUUUCCUAUAUUCGCGCGCACCGCGCAGAUGAACUCGGUUCUCGAGCUCGUGUGCAGUUGGCCGAGGGCGCGGCCGCAACUUUGUGUGUGCUGCAGCGUGUGUCGAGCGACUUCCAGACCCAGCCCGAGCUCGAGGCCUCCUUCACCCAAGAUCGAGCGCGCACACCCGGGAACGUUUUGUUCGUGUGCUACGAGCUCCAGAAGCGCUGGAGCCCCGGUGGCGCGGUCUGCGCUGCGCUCGAAGAUCUUCUGCGGCGCCACGUCUUCAUUCCGACUAUGCUACAGAAACACGGACUCUUGGAAUCUGCGUACAUCUCGGCAAACGGCUACAGCAUGUUCGCUAUCAACUUGUUGCUGCAACACGCCAUCGUCCUCGGCUUUCAACCCGCAACCAAGCGACUGCGCCGCCUGGCCAGCUGCCUGGAGUUCUGCGAGCGCACCGGGCUGCGUAACUUCGAGACGUACGAGAAAACUUCCAAGACGCUCCACUUCUUCGCGUCCUCCUUCAAACAGCGUGAGAACGCAAUUUUGCGUGCGGCCUCGGGCCGUGGUCGUCUCUCGCGAGAAGACCUUGCUGAUAGCUACGUCAUGAUGUUCCGGGAACUUGCGCCGGGCGAAGCCGUAGAAAUCAACUCCUGGGACCUGCAGUGGUUCGACACGGACGCGUUCUGUGCGGUGACAUACGAACUAGUCACCCGCGUGGGCUUCGGCAAGCCGCAUCCUAACCUGGUGCCGCUCAACAUCUUUCCCCUGCUCCAGCCGUACCUAAAUUACUACCGCCAGUCUGGCAUGAGCAUCAGCUUUGGCAAAACGGAGACGGGGUCGCUCCGCAUAAGUCUCGGUUGGAACCUGCAACGUGAGGUCGCCACCGGCGGCAAGACCUGUUGGGUAACUUGCCUCACGGGCUGCUGCGCGCCCCACGUGUCCGUCACGGGCUUUACCGGCUACGAGAACGUCUUCCUUGAACGCUGGGCGCGAGACCGCCGUCACGGCGUCAGUUACGACGUCGCCGCGCCGGCCGCCGCUCAGAUCAUCCGGGACGUCUUCCAAGGCCACCUAAACCUUAACAAACUGCAGCAAAUGUCCCAUGGCAGUGCUAACACUCACGGCCUGAAUCAUGCCUCCACCUUUAUUUGGAACAAGACAUUCCUUCUGGGCGUUGUGAACGCGUAUGUGAAGUACGGCAUUCACCCCAAGCACGUGACCGGCUUCUUCUACACAGCCAACAGCGUCAGCCGCACGAUCAACAGCAACGAGCUCACUGUCCUGGCGCCGCGAAACAAAGAGGCGAGCCGUGACCUGAUUCAACGCACACAAAAAACACGAGAGCACAAAGGUAUAUGGGUCCACAUUCAUGAAGCCCAGGUGCAGGCAUACUGGAACACGCGUUCUAUUGCCCCCCACGAGUUCGGUGAAGUAAUUAAGGACGGUGCAGCCAUGCGAAACCUCCAACCCAUGAUUUACACGAUCUGGGAUAGCUACAAUUCACGGGGUCAUAAGAUCACAACCUUGAAGGUACUGUACAAUGAAGAUGGUUCUCAACCAAAGGUCACGGUCGUCUUCGAGUCCCAACCCUCCAGAUCUUCCCAAGAACUGCCACUUAACGGCUUCGACGUUGAAGAUCUCAUCCGUUCUAGUCGAGACGCACGAAUCGCAGACUGGAUAGCCGAUGUCGACCAGCCUAGUGUGACAUGUCUCGUAGAAUGCGUGGUAGACGCCCGUCUCGUUCGCAUGGCUUGGAACGCCAAGAGCAAGGAGCUCAAUCGCAACCUGCUCCUGAAGUUCCUCGAAAUGAGAAGCGAAAAAUUGCGAAUAAAAUCCAUCCAUGCUGACACUACCACUCCCAGCCAAUAUAACACACGCAUGACUUGGGCUCUAUGGUGCUUCAGCAGGCACCACGGGGUAGAAGCAGGGGUCAGACGACGCAGUAAUAAAAUGCUCCAAGUCGAAUACGACGAAACCGGCAACUACGUUAGCGCCCAGCUAGUACACCCCAACCAACGACUGGCGGGAGCAUGUGUCCAUCCCUUCUCUAAACAUGUCGCCCUCAUCGAUAUGCUGGGCUAG